AUGGCACAGUCAAUCACCGCGCAGUAUCUAGCAGCUGCGACAUGGGCGACGAAUCGCAUAGACCUCGUUGCGAUCGGCGAUGGUGCUCAAAUGUGGCACCAUUCUUGGACUACUGCUGGUUGGCAGGACGGCUGGGACUCUUUAGGAGGGAGCUUCAAAGAAGUGGCACCUUCAGUCGUUUCAUGGGGUCCGGAUCGACUUGAUGUGUUUGGCAUCGACAGAGAAACGGAAAGGAUGAUGCACAACUCCUGGAACGGCGCACAAUGGGAAAAUGGAUGGUCUCCGCUCAAUGACCAACAAUUCAGAGGUCCUCCCGUAGCCGUGUCAUGGGGCGAAGGCAGACUCGAUGUCUUUGGAACCGGAGCAACGGAUGACAGUGUGUACAGUCCCAUGUAUCAUCAGUCGUAUGAGAACACUUGGCAGCCACGAUGGGAAGACCAUGGCGGAGGAUUCGUCAGCAAUCUGGCCGCCGUCCCGUGGUCUGACGAACGACUUGACAUCUUCGGACUCGGUGGUGGCAACCAUAUGUUUCAAAUCUACUGGUCUCGAAGUGGUGGAUGGCAGACACAAUAUCAAGAUAUGGCUGGUGUCUUCACAAGCGAUCCUGCGGUUACCUCGUCCGCCCCGGGGAGAAUAGAGCUUUUUGGAGCAGGAGAGGAUUAUGCAAUAUAUCACAAAGCUUACAAUGGCACCUCCUGGACCCCGCCAUUAGCAUCGACGUGGCAAAGGCUUGGAGGCGCUUCCCUCGGUCCGCCUGCAGCCGUCUCAUGGGAUGAAGGCCGGGUCGAUAUCUUCACGAUUGGUCAUGAUACUGGCCUAUACCACCUCGUCUAUGAUGGUGAGUGGUCCAGUGCAUGGGAGGAGCUCGGUGGGAAGUUCCAAUCGCCACCAGUAGUCAUAUCUCGAGGAAGAGGUCUGCUCGACUUAUUCUCAUUGUCUAGUCAGGGGGACGAAGGUGUCAUGCAUAAGGCAUACGAUGGGAUCAGUUGGUCGGACUGGGAGUCCUUGGGCUUGCCACAAAAGGCCGCGACAGGCACAUCGAGCACUACCUCGACCUCUUCUGGCACAUCGACGGCUAAGCCUACGACUCAACAACCAACGACAGAUACAGAGCCCACGCCCGCGCCCACGCCGGGCGGAGGGGGAGGCACUCCAAUUGGGACGAUUGUCGGACCCACUGUCGGAGGGGUUGCGUUGAUAGUAGCUAUGGUCCUGUUUUGGCUCCUCCGUCGUCGAAGGCAACGCAAACGACACGCCAUUGAACAAGUACAGCAUCUGCAACGUCCGCAGAUGAACGUCGCCAGUGUCGACUACGGCAAAGGAGAGCUCCCGAGAUACACCAACAGUCCCGAUCCAGCCCACGAGCUCGAGACACAGCACAUCUCCGUUGCUAUGUCUGGUACAAUCACGACUCGGCCUCAGUAUCGUCAUGAGCUGUCCGGAGAAUCAACCACAGGACCGAGCAAAUGA